UUUCGAGUGGUUGUUUAAUGACCAAAAUCCCUUUCCAGACCCCCCCUCCUAAUCAUAUCAUGUAACCUUUUGCACGCGAGCAAAAGCUUGCAAUUCUGUCUUUCUCCUCUGCUAUAAGCAGAUAUGACUCUCGCUGCUUGUCACAUAAACGUCUCUUCCUUGGCUUUGCCAGGCUCCGCACCCAAUCACGUCAUCAAAAACUCCUCACGGCACAUGGCUCAUGUCCAAGCAACUACUUCCAAGAUUAAUAUUCUGUUUUCCCGUUUCCUCAUCAGCAUCGCAUUCUCUUUCACGGCAGGCACCCUCAGUACAACGACGCAUGGUCUUGGUUGCACGGGAGGGACUUCACGAGAGUAUAGCUUUCGUUUCGGUGCGAAGCAACGGCGAAUGGGUGACAUAGAGGCAUCGGAAAUGAGAUUUUCGGGUUCAGUUCUAUGAGUGGAAAGAAGAUUUUCGAAAACAUAUUGUGCCGUGAAUCGAAAUGCAUUAUGUGAAGGUUUGAAAAGUGUGCAGUAAUUUCAUCUACUCCGUCCCAGUCCUGCCUCCCUAAGUCUUACAAGUUUCC